AUGUCUGCGAGCCACGUGUCGUCAGAGGAUUGCAAGUGGCCGCUCUUCCGCAUCGUUCCAGUCGUUCUCUUCAGCGACGGUUUCUCUAAAACAAUUUUCGCCUUCAUCGAUGAGGGUUCUUCCUACACUCUACUGGAGGAGUCCGUUGCGAAGCAGCUUGGGGCCAAUGGUCAGCUAGAACCACUAACCCUUCAGUGGACCGGGAACGUGAAGCGAAAAGAACCCACAUCACAGCGCGUACAGCUUGAGAUUUGCGGCAAAGGUAGCACCGCCCGGCAUAAGUUGGUUGAUGCUCGCACGGUCAGUCAGCUUGUCCUACCCUCACAAUCGCUCAAAUAUGGAGAUUUGGCGAAACGAUUUCCUCACCUGCGUGGUCUUCCGCUAGAAGACUACGAGCUCGUCCAACCCAAGUUGUUGAUAGGGCUGGACAAUCUACGGUUGUGUGUUCCGUUGAAGCUGCGUGAAGGGGUACCAAGAGAUCCAAUCGGUGCAAAGUGUAGGCUGGGUUGGAGCAUCUAUGGCUGCAUUCCUGGUCAACCAUUUCGUACGGCCAUCGUUAGCUUCCACGUCGGUGCAGUUUCGGACGCUGAUCGCGAGCUAAACGAGCAGCUUCGUGAUUAUUUCACCUUGGAGAAUGUAGGCGUAUCGGGGUCAUGUAGUAUUCCGGAAUCCGAUGAAGAGAAGCGAGCCCAAAAGCUUCUAGCGGAUACGACGCGACGGGUGCUGGUCGGAUCCGGCUAUGAAACCGAACUGUUGUGGAGAACCGACAACCCCAGUUUUCCUGAUAGCUACCCCAUGGCCGUACGUCGUUUGGAAGCGCUGGAGCGGAAACCUGUCAGCAAACCGGAGUUAGAGCGUCGUGUGCGAGAACAAAUCGUGGAAUAUGUGCAUAAGGGGUACGCGCACAAAGCAAGUCUAUCCGAAUUGACUUCAGUCGAUGCCGAACGGGUGUGGUACCUACCCCUAGGAGCUGUUACGAAUCCGAGAAAGCCUGGAAAGGUACGCCUUAUCUGGGAUGCUGCGGCGAAAGUGGGCAACGUUUCCUUCAACUCCAAGCUGCUCAAAGGGCCUGAUUUGUUAUCACCUCUUCCAAAGGUUCUAAGCCAGUUUCGCCAAUUUCGCAUUGCCGUUUGUGGAGACAUCAUGGAAAUGUUCCAUCAAAUAAGGAUACGCGCUCCCGACAACCAGUCCCAACGAUUCCUGUUCCGCGACAGCCCAGCGGAUUAUCCUGUUGUGUACGUGAUGGACGUCGCCACAUUUGGCUCAACGUGUUCUCCGGCCUCUGCACAGUACAUAAAGAACCUUAACGCCGGGGAACAUUCUGGGGAGUAUCCACGAGCAGCAGCUGCAAUCAUAAACAAACACAACGUGGACGAUUACUUGGACAGCUUCAAGACCGUCCAAGAAGCGAUCUCGGUCGUCAACAAAGUGAAGCUCGUGCAUUCCAAGGGAGGAUUUACAUUGCGGCACUUCUCAUCCAACGAAGCGGAAGUUCUGGAGGGAAUCGGAGCAAAUUCGGAAUGCGAACCAAAAAGCCUGGACCUGGAGCGAGGAGAGAAGUUAGAAUCAGUGCUCGGCAUGAAGUGGAUUCCUCACGAAGAUGUGUUUGUGUACGCUUUAGGCCUGAGAGAGGACCUGCAUUACAUACUCGACGAAAACCACAUUCCUACCAAACGAGAAAUCGCAAGAGUGGUGAUGAGCUUGUUCGACCCCCUCGGGUUCAUCUCCUUUUUCCUCGUGCACGGUAAAAUCUUGCUGCAAGACGUGUGGGCGAAAGGUACGGAGUGGGAUCAACAAAUACCGGACGACAUCAAAGGUCGGUGGCAGCAAUGGUCGGGUCACUUCAACCAACUGGCCCACAUUCGCAUUCCCCGGUGCUAUUUUCCCACGCCAUUUCCUCCAAAUCUUGACAGUCUUCAACUUCACCUGUUCGUCGACGCUAGCGAGUCGGCAUACGCUUCCGUUGCGUAUUUCCGGUUGGAGACAAAAAGAGGCGCACAAGUGGCACUCGUCGGCGCAAAAACCAAAGUAGCUCCCUUGAAAACAAUCUCGAUUCCUAGACUGGAACUGAAAGCGGCCGUCCUAGGGACACGCCUGCUGGAGAUCAUCCAGAACCAGCACGAGUUCUCGAUUCGUCGUCGGUAUUGCUGGAGCGAUUCUGGAACAGUACUUUCGUGGAUUCGCUCCAAGGAUCACAGGCGUUUCCACAAAGUUGUCGCCGUCCGUCCUAGCAACCAAGUGGGGUGCCGGACCGCAUUUGGCAAUGGAUAG